AUGACCGCUUCGUAUCUAUUUUGGUUUUGGCUUAGCGACGUCCUCGGCUCCGCGUUCGGCCUAGUUCUCAAUGUGUUACUAGUUACCGCAGUCUUAAUGUCGGCAAAAAAUCGAAGAAUCCAUCCGUAUUCAUGGAUGGUCUUCAUCAUGGGACUUCAGGACAUUGCUUUCUGUCUCUUGGAAGUGAUGAUUCAACAUGUAAGACAUGCUUUUAUAACUGAAAAAUGUCAUCAAAACAUACUUACAUACAUUUUAUUUCAGAUCGUUUGCAUGAAACACAGUGUCUUCCUGAUCUUUGGACAUGGCAUUGAACAGCACCUGCCUCGUCGUUUAUAUCCCUUGGCCUUCUUUUUACACGCUACACUAAUCAUGAACAGCAUAACACUACUGCCCGCGAUGUACCAGUUUCGGUACCAAGUGAUCGCAAAGUUAGUGAGGGGUUUUUGUGUUUUCUUUUCCAAAACGUACGGCAAUUGCAGGCGGAAAGUGCUGUGCUUUUGUGAGGGUGGUGUACCCUCUAGUGGAAGUAGGAUUGGCUCUUUUUCUUGCAGUAUUUCGCAUUGCCGCAGGCAAUCUUAACCAAAAUUUCCCGCAAAUUUUGUCAGCGUCUUACGAGGACUUUCCUUUCUUUCCAAACGUUAUAUGAAAAAACCCGUGAAGGAGGGCUAAAAAUAGUAAUCACGUCCAUUUUCAGCGACUUCGUAAACCUCAAGCCCUUAAUUAAGAACUGCGUAAUUGCAGUCACCGCCUCGUGCAGCGUUGGCUUCACUGUGAUCUUCGCCAUUAUUGAUAUGAAUGCCCGAGGCAAACAGUACUACCUCGACCUUCUUUCCGAGAUGUGGUUUGACGAAAAUGGCCGCAGCGACUUUAUUUAUGCCACUGACUUUGUGAGCGAUGAUUCGAAGUUUUCUUUUAUAACUGGCUGUUGCAUUUUAGCAGGACACCUCAACAAAGGUGUUCAUCUUUACAACGGUGGUAAUCUCCGCCACUUGCAUGGGAAUCUUGAUCGUCUAUGCGUAUAAAGCAUACGCUUUUGCAAACCCAAACACAACAAUCAUCUCAAAAGCAACAAAGGUUUUGCAGAAGCAAUUUACAAGGAGCUUGAUAGCACAGGUGAGAAAAUAUGGUAUUUAAAAUAUUGCAAUCUCUGUUAGAUUUUCCUCGUCGGCAAAGUUCGUUGAAUAUCAAAUUCUCCGGAAACUUUUUGCAUCUGGGUAGCAUCAAAAAUGUGGCAAAAUGCCUCCCUCUCCAAGUGAAAAAGCGCGCCCGCUUUUUUGUGAGGGAAAUUUUGAAGGGCCUGCCCUUCUCAAAACGAAGUUUUUUUUCACUUGGAGAGGAAAUGAUUUUGCCACAUUUUUGAUACUUUCUGGAUGCAAAAUGGUACGUUUUUUGCCACUGGAUCAGGUCUGCCACUGUAAGGCCAAAGACAUAUUUUUGGUGCUUUCGAGAUCAAAAAUAUGAACCCACUAUCCUUUUCCAUUUCCUGCUCCGCCAAUGUUGAUGCGACUAUUGUAUCCUUGACUUACUCCUCACUAAAGUUCCUUUUCAGACCCUCUGCGUCGGUCUACUCGCCAAUUUCCCUGUUGGGGUUCUCCUUUACUGCGUGAUGCUUGGAAUUGACGGCGAAUUCGCCGGGAUUUUCUUGAUGUCUCCGCUGAGCUGGGUGUCCGCCAUCAAUGCUGCAUUGACCUUUUAUUUCAUGCGAGAUUAUCGAAGGAUUUUGUUCGGAUUCAUCAAAAGGGUACCGUUGGGGAAGACGGAGACGUACAGCUUCUCGCGGAGUAUUCGGAGUACCUCUGCCAGGUUUUAA